CACAAUUGACUUCGUUAAAAGAACGGCAUCAGGGUUGAACGAAUCAUGCACCUGCGACUCUUACGUGUUGGUGCUGAAGAGAGAGGGAAAGAUAAUUCAGUUAAUGGAAAUGAGCGGAUAUGAGCAAGCACACACCAUGAAGAGACUAUUGUAGAGGACGAUAAGAAGCGGUCUGGUGGUGGGGAAUUAGCUGGGGAGAGAAGAGAGAAGAUGAGCCAGGCUGUGGAGACAGCUCUGAGGUGCCUGGGGAGGGGCUUCGACGUCGCAUGCGACUUCCGGCCGGAGUACUGCAGGGGAAAGGAGAGGCUGCUUGUGAUAAAUGAGGAAGAGAAGAGAGAGAUCGCUGUGCCCGGGUUUGGAACGUUCAAGGAUGUCUCUGUUGACAUAAAGUGCGAUAAGGGGGAUCGGAUGCGAUACCAAUCCGAUGUGCUCGAGUUCAAUCAGAUGUCAGAGCUGUUCAACUGUCGGAGCUCGAUGGCAGGAAAGAUCCCCUCCGGGCUGUUCAACUACAUGUUCGACAUGGACGGGUGCGCAUGGGCCCAGGAGGCGUCCAACACCAAGUGCCUCGCCAUGGAUGGCUACUUCAUCGCGCUCCUUGAGCUGCGAAUCGAGCACCAGCCACUUGCUCUUGUGGAUCAUGUCGUCAGAGAUGUUCCUUCGACUUGGGACCCCUGCGCGAUCGCAAGGUUCAUCGAGACCUAUGGCACGCAUGUAAUAAUGGGGUUAAGUGUGGGAGGUCAGGAUGUGGUGUACGUGAAGCAAGAUCACUCCUCCAGCCUCUCCCCUCGUGAGCUCAGACAACACCUCGAUAGGCUUGGGGAUGAGCUAUUCACAGGGACAUGUGCGCUGCCUCCCUUCCACUGGAGAUCUAAAGAACAUAAGCUUAAGGUUCCAGAGGCCUUCAAUGUCUUUGAUCUACAGAAGCAAAAUGUCAAGGGGAUUGCUCCUGUCUUCUGCAAAGAUGGUGUGACAGUCAUGUGCCACAAGAGAGGAGGAGAUACCUCGGCGAGCAGCCACAGCGAGUGGCUUCUAACUGUGCCUUCAUCGCCUGAUGUGAUCAACUUCACCUUCGUUCCGAUAACCUCACUGCUCAAGGGAGUCCCCGGCAAUGGCUUUCUGUCUCAUGCCAUUAACCUGUACCUUCGAUAUAAGCCUCCUCUAUCAGACCUGCGCUACUUCCUGGACUUCCAAGCUCACAAGCUCUGGGCCCCAAUGCACAGUGAUCUACCUCUGGGUCCCAUCUCGAACAGGUCCAUCCCGACCCCAGCCCUUACUUUCACCGUAAUGGGCCCCGAGCUGUCGGUCAACUCUUCUCAGGUCAUCGUCGGAAUGCGACCGGUGACGGGAAUGCGACUGCACCUCGAGGGCAAGAAGAACGAUCGGCUAGCGAUUCACCUGGAGCACCUGUCACAUACCCCUGGGUUCAUCGGAGCCCGGCCCGAGGCGGCGCCGGAAUGGCGGGGAUCGGACGCGAUCGCCGACCAGCGAUACUAUGAGCCGGUCCGACGGAAGAAGUUCGCGCAGGUGUGCACCGUGCCGAUCGAGUACGACUCCCCGUGGCGGCCGACCGACGGCGGGGGGAACGCGUUCGUGGUCACCGGAGCUCAGCUCCACGUGACGGCGCACGAGUCCACGAGUGUGCUGCACCUCAGGCUCCUGUACUCGGAGGUGAGCGGCUGCGUCGUGAGCAGGUCGCAGUGGCGGCGAGGCCCGUCGGGCCUGUCUCAGAAGUCGAGCUUCUUCUCGGCCGUCAGCACCUCGUUCUCCGGUGGCCUGGAGAAGGAAAGGCAGCAAGGCCCAGAGGCGCCGGUGGACUCCGGUAUUUUUCCGGUGGGCCCGCCGGUGCCGGUGGGAGCCCAGAAGCUUCUCAAGUUUGUGGAUACCUCUCACCUGUGUCAGGGGCCUCAGCACAGCCCUGGGCAUUGGCUGGUGACUGGUGCGAAGCUGGACGUGGAGAAGGGGAGGAUUGGGCUGCAGGUUAAGUUCUCUCUCCUCACUUCACUUUUAUGAUGUUUGAGGCUCGCAGCUUCAUAGUAUCUUCUCUCUCAUUAGAGUCUCAAGAAGCAAGUUGUACAGUAGAUGGAAAAGAAGUCAUCGUUCUUUCUUCGUUUUGUUUAGCUUUGGAGGAUCAAUUUGUUAUCACCAAGCAGUGCACACUUUACAUUUGCUUUGCUUCUGAUGCCUAAAAGAUCCACACCUUGCUAACAGUUGAAAUAUGAAAGUGAUGCAGAUUGAUAGCAACAGGUGAAAUAUGAAAGUUUCAGCAUCAAAAA